AUAGUGUUGCACACGGAGCGGAAGCGGAAACGGAAUACAAGCAGACCAGUGUGUUACAAACAUGUAAGGUUAAAACCUAAAGAGGAGAAAACGAAAAGAGUUUAUUCUUCUUAUUUAAGGAGCCGUGAGAAGUUUUAGACUCUUAAAAGUCGGCGUUUUAGAGAAAGCGCCAAUACUUAUGCUCCACUCUUAUGGAUUCCCUCAAAGACACCUUCGAGGCGCUGUCGAUCUCCAGACGCUUGCAGCCCGACGAUCCUUCGUACGUCUUGGACUUGAGUGUUUCCCCUGUAGACCUCGUCGCCGUGUCCUGGUCCAGUCACGCUGUUCGCCUGCAUGCUAAAGAGACCCUCCGCGUUCUGGGAGAGUAUCAGGGCCACACAGGGGCCGUGUUCGGGGUUCGGUUUUCUCCGUCUUCGUCCGAUCUGCUCUAUAGCGGCUCUUCAGAUGGGACGCUGCGAUGCUGGGACGUGCGUCGGCCCGGUUCCUCUGCGGUCCGAGUGUUCAGGAGUGACCCGGAUCACUCGUACUGUUCGUUCGACGUGAGCUGUAACGGAACGGUGGUGUGCGCUGGCACAGAGCAGAUGGCUGACGACAGCUUCCUGGUGUUCUGGGACUGCCGGAUGACGGGAGGUGGAGCCAAACAGAAAGGGCUACUAGGGGUUUACUCGGAGUCGCACAGUGAUGACAUCACAGCUGUGCGCUUCCACCCGAAACAGUCCGACAGGCUGGCGUCGGGUUCGACAGACGGCCUGGUGAAUGUGUUCGAUCUGAGUUUGGGAGAAGAAGACGACGCCCUCGUCACCACGUGCAACUGUGACUCCUCUGCUAGCGCCCUCUGUUGGUCAGGUAAAAAUCAUGACCAGCUGCUGUGUGUGACUCACGACGAAGGCCUCCGUCUGUGGGAUUUGUCUCGUCUGGACAGCGACGACUCGUUCACGCUCUUCAGUUCAUCCGACGCCCGAACUCUCGUCUCUUUACCCAAAGGAGCGUCUCUUGACUACUUUGUGGGCGGAACGUGGCUGGAGGAAGCAGGCCGACUGGUCGUGGUGGGCGGAUCCCACAACGGAGAGCUCCACCUGCUGGACUGCACUGGCAGUGAACUUAAGCUGAUGAAGUCACUGAUCGACGGCCAUUCGUCCACAGUGAGGUGUUUCCAGUGGGACACGGUGGACGGGGCCUUGCUGACGGGCGGCGAGGACGGCCAGCUGCUGCAAUGGAAGGCGGGAGCCGAGGAGAUCAGCGUGGGGAAGAAGGACAGCUUUAAAAGCGUCUCGUCCAUGCAACUGAAAUCAAAAUCACACAGGAAGCAGGAAGUGACAAGAGAGAAAAAACACUGAUUUUACUUUUCAUCCUUUCUAUAAAGGAUAAUAGUUUUUAAAUUUCUAAAUAUGGAUUAUAUUU